CAGGGGCCUGCCCUCGCCUCAGCCCCUGCUGGGGCCCCCCAGGAGCAGGGGCGCCCCCUGGAGGAACGGCUGGGAAGGCUGGAGGCCCAGAUGAUGGCGCUCAGAGAGCAGAACAAGGAGCUGCAGGUGAGGGUGAGGCGGCUGGAGUCCUGUGAAUGCCGCCCCGCUUCUGCCCAGUGCUGGGGACUGGGGUGGGCCUGGCCCAAGGGCGCUCGCUGGGAGCCCGACCCCUGCACAGCCUGUGUCUGCCGGGACGGGGCUGUGCACUGUGAGCCCAAGCCCGACCUGCCCCAUUGCCAUGGCUGCAGCCACAACGGUCAAGCCUAUGGCAAUGGGGAGACCUUCUCCCCAGACGCCUGCACCACCUGCCACUGCUUGGCAGGGACCGUGCAGUGCCAGGGGCCCUCAUGCUCAGAGCUCAACUGCCUGGAGAGCUAUACCCCGCCUGGGGAGUGCUGCCCCGUCUGCUGCACAGAAGGUGGCUCUCACCGGGAGCACGGCCAAGAGUGGACUGCUCCUGGGGACCCGUGCCGGAUCUGCCAGUGCCUGGAGGGCCACGUUCAGUGCCGCCAGCAAGAGUGCACCAGCCUGUGCCCGUACCCUGCGCGGCCCCUGCCAGGCACCUGCUGCCCGCUGUGUGAUGGCUGUUUCCUAAAUGGGCGGGAGUACCACAGCGGAGAGCCGGUGGGCUCUGGGGACCCCUGCGCACACUGCCGCUGCGCUAAUGGGAGCAUCCAGUGUGAGCCUCUGCCCUGCCCACCUGUGCCCUGCAGACACCCAGGCAGGAUCCCUGGGCAGUGCUGCCCAGUGUGUGACGGCUGUGAGUACCAGGGACACCAGUAUCAGAGUGAGGAGACCUUUAGACUCCAAGAGAGUGGGCGCUGCAUCCGCUGCUCCUGCCAGGCUGGCGAGGUCUCCUGUGAGGAGCAGGAGUGCCCAGUUGCCCCCUGCACGCUGCCUGCCUCUGGCCCCCAGCUCUGCCCAGCCUGUGUGCUCGAUGGAGAGGAGUUUGCCGAGGGGGUCCAGUGGGAGCCUGAUGGUCAGCCCUGCACGGCCUGCGCCUGUCAUGAUGGCGUGCCCAUGUGUGGGGCGGUGCUCUGCUCCCCAGCCCCCUGCCAGCACCCUACCCAGCCCCCCGGCGCCUGCUGCCCCAGCUGUGAGAGCUGCACCUACCAGGGCCAAGUGUACGCCAAUGGGCAGAACUUCACAGACGCAGAUAGUCCUUGCCACACCUGCCGCUGCGAGGAGGGGACUGUGAGGUGCUCCUUGGUUGACUGCCCUCCCACAACUUGUGCCAGGCCCCAGAGUGGACCCGGCCAGUGCUGUCCCAGGUGCCCAGACUGCAUCCUGGAGGAACGAGUAUUUGUGGAUGGCGAGAGCUUCUCCCACCCCCGAGACCCCUGCCAGGAGUGUCAAUGUCAGGAAGGCCAUGCCCGUUGCCAGCCUCGGGCCUGCCCCAGGGCCCCCUGUGCCCACCCGCUGCCUGGUCCCUGCUGCCAGAACGACUGCAAUGGCUGUGCCUUUGGCGGGAAAGAGUACCCCAACGGAGCGGACUUCCCUCACCCCUCCGACCCCUGCCGGCAGUGUCUCUGUCUGAGCGGCAGCGUGCAGUGCCUCGCCCGCCGCUGCCCUCCGCUGCCCUGUCCCGAGCCGGUCCUGCUGCCCGGAGAGUGCUGCCCGCAGUGCCCGGCCGCCUCCUCGGGCUGCCCGCGGCCGGGCGGCGGGGUCCCGGCCCGCCACCUGGAGCAUUUCUCCUUGCCCGACGACCCCUGCCGCCUCUGCCUCUGCCUCCACGGCUCCGCGUCCUGCCAGCGGCUGCCCUGCCCGCCUGCGCCCUGCGCCCACCCGCGCCAGGGGCCCUGCUGCCCCUCCUGCGCCGGCUGCCUGUACCAGGGGAAGGAGUUUGCCAGCGGGGAGCGCUUCCCUGCACCCAGUGCCGCGUGCCACCUCUGCCUCUGCUGGGAGGGCAGCGUUAGCUGCGAACCCAGGACCUGUGCACCUGCUCAGUGCCCCUUUCCUGCCAGGGGUGAUUGCUGCCCUGCCUGUGAUGGUUGUGAGUAUCUAGGGGAGUCCUACCUGAGCAGCCAAGAGUUCCCGGAUCCGCGAGAGCCCUGCAAUCUGUGUACCUGCCUCGGAGGCUUCGUGACGUGUGGCCGCCGGCCCUGCGAGCCCCCAGGCUGCAGCCUCCCGCUCACCCCGGCUGGACACUGCUGCCCGACCUGCCAGGGAUGUGUCUAUCAUGGGGUCUCUGCAGCCCCCGGAGAGACCCUUCCUGACCCACUUGACCCUGGCUGCUCCCUCUGCACCUGCCAGGAAGGUUCCAUGCACUGCCAGAAGAAGCCAUGUCCUCCAGCUCUCUGCCCCCAUCCCUCUCCAGGACCCUGCUUCUGUCCUGUUUGCCGCAGCUGCCUCUCCCAGGGCCAGGAGCACUGGGACGGGGAAGAGUUUGAGGGGCCCCCAGGCAGCUGUGAGUGGUGUCGUUGUCAGGCCGGCCAGGUCAGCUGUGUGCGGCUGCCGUGCCCUCCUCUGUCCUGCCUGCUCCAGGUCACAGAGCAGGCCAGUUGCUGCCCUCGCUGCAGAGGCUGCCUGGCUGAUGGGGAGGAGCACCCUGAAGGCAGUAGCUGGGUGCACCCUCAAAGCCCCUGCUCCUCCUGCAUGUGUCAUGAGGGCAUCGUGACCUGUGCUCACGUCCAGUGUGUCAUCUCCUGUGCCCGGCCCCACCAAGGGCUCAACGACUGCUGCCCUCGAUGCUCUGACUGUGAGCAUGAGGGUCGCAAGUAUGAACCAGGGGAGAGCUUCCAGCCUGGGGCAGACCCGUGUGAAGUGUGCGUCUGUGAGCUGCAGCCUGAGGGACCCCCUGGCAUUCAGUGUCACCGGCGGCAGUGUCCCAGCCUGGUGGGCUGUCCCACCAGCCAGCUCCUGCCCCCUGGGCCCCAGCACUGCUGUCCCACCUGUGCCCAGGCGCUGAGUAACUGCACAGAAGGCCUGCUGGGCUCCGAGCUGGCCCCGCCUGACCCUUGCUACACCUGCCGGUGCCAGGACCUGACAUGGCUCUGCAUUCACCGGGCCUGUCCUGAGCUCAGCUGUCCCCCAUCAGAGCGCCAUACCCCCCCUGGGAGCUGCUGCCCCGUGUGCCGAGCCCCCGCCCAGUCGUGCGCGCACCAGGGCCGGGCGGUGGCCUCCGGGGAGCGCUGGGCCGUGGACGUUUGCACCACCUGCUCCUGCGUGGCCGGCACGGUGCGCUGCCAGAGCCAGCGCUGCCCGCCGCUCUCCUGUGGCCCCGACGAGGCCCCCGCCCUGAGUCCCGGCAGCUGCUGCCCCCGCUGCCUGCCUCGACCCGCCUCCUGCACGGCCUUCGGAGACCCUCAUUACCGCACCUUCGACGGCCGCCUGCUGCACUUCCAAGGCAGCUGCAGCUAUGUGCUGGCCAAGGACUGCCGCGGAGCGGACUUCAGCGUGCACGUGACCAACGAUAACCGGGGCCGGAGGGGUGUGGCCUGGACCCAGGAGGUGGCGGUGCUGGUCGGAGACGUGGUCGUGCGGCUGCUGCAGGGCAGAGCGGUCACGGUGGACGGGCGCCCGGUGGCCUUGCCCUUCCUUCAGGAGCCGCUGCUGUACGUAGAGCUGCAGAGACGCACGGUGAUCCUGCACGCCCAGGCAGGGCUCCAGGUGCUGUGGGAUGGGCAGUCUCAGGUGGAGGUGAGCGUGCCUGGCUCCUACCGGGGCCAGAUGUGUGGGCUCUGUGGGAACUUCAAUGGCUUUGCCCAGGAUGAUCUGCAGGGCCCUGAGGGGUUGCUCCUGCCCACAGAGGCUGCCUUUGGGAACAGCUGGCAGGUCCCAGAAGGGCCGGGACCUAGCCGGCCAUGUUCCAAGGGCCGCGAGGUGGAUCCGUGCAGGGCAGCAGGUUACCGAGCCCGGCGUGAGGCCAAUGCCCGGUGUGGGGUGCUGACGUCCUCCUCGUUCGGCCGCUGCCACGCUGUGGUGCCGCCGGAGCCCUUCUUUGCCGCCUGCGUGUAUGACCUAUGUGCCUGUGGCCCCGGCUCCUUGGCCGAUGCCUGCCUCUGUGAUGCCCUGGAGGCCUAUGCUAGCCACUGCCGCCGGGCGGGGGUGACGCCUGCCUGGCGGGGGCCCACACUCUGCGUCGUGGGCUGUGCCCUGGACCGUGGCUUCGUGUUCGACGAGUGUGGCCCGCCCUGUCCCCGCACCUGCUUCAACCAGCACGUCCCCCCAGGGGAGCUGGCAGCCCGCUGUGUGAGGCCCUGCGUUCCUGGCUGCCAGUGCCCCGCAGGCCUGGUGGAGCAUGAGGCCCACUGUGUCUCACCCGAGGCCUGCCCCCACAUCCAACUCACUGGGGACCAGCCCCCCAGGCCUCUGCCCAGCCCCAGCCAGUAGCCUCGGGGGGCACCCGGAGCCAGGAUGACACCAGGACUCAUCGGGUCAAAAGCCUCCCCUUGGAGAACGGCUCCCGCUGUGGCCAGAGCGUGGAAAGAGUACCCUACCCAGGCACCGGGAGCCUGGGCCUAUGUCCCACAAAGACCUCACUGUGUUCAGUCAGAAGCAGUAAAACUGGGGGCUCUCCCAUGGCA